CUUUUACCUACCUACGUCUAACUCAUCCCUUCAAAUAAUUGUCACAAAUCUACCUUCCUUGAUACCUAUUUUUUUUUGUCCAUACUCAUAAUGUUUUCGGGUUCGAACUCGUACCUAGGUGGUAACAGUGGCCGGCAACCGCCACAGCAGCAACAGCAGCAACAACAGUAUGGCGGUUUCCAGCCAAAUCAAGGUUUCCAACCACAACAGACUGGCUUCCAGCCACAACAGACUGGUUUCCAACCUCAACCCACUGGGUAUGGAAACGCCGCUCCUUUGCAACCCAAUUUCACAGGUUAUCCUCUUCAAGCACAACCUACAGGAUAUCCUCAGCCGCCUCAAUCAGGGUUUCCCGGAGGCCAGCAGCAGUUUAACAAUGCUCCUCAACAGCAGAGCUUCCAGACGGGAGCUCCGCCAAUGCCGCAAAUCCCACAGCAAUUCCAGCAGCAGCCUCAGCAGAUACAACAAGCACAGCCAUCUCCAGCAGCCCCCGUGCAGCAACCGCAAGCCACGGGAUUUGCAGCGAUGGCAGAUUCAUUCAAAUCUGCUACAGAACCAUCGAAGCCAAGAGGACGAAGAGCCUCUAAGGGUGGAGCAAAGAUACCGAGUAUAAGACUUUCUUUCAUUACAGCCCAAGAUCAAGCAAAGUUUGAAACCCUUUUCAAGUCCGCAGUUGGGGAUGGCCAAACAUUGUCUGGCGAGAAAUCGAGGGAUCUCUUACUACGCUCAAAAUUAGAUGGGAACUCAUUGUCGCAAAUAUGGUGAGCAUAGAAUUAUCCAAUAUAUACACAUAUAUCUAUAUAUAUUAUUGUACUAAUGAUUAUGAUAGGACGCUCGCAGACACUACGAGAUCUGGACAAUUACAUUUUCCCGAGUUCGCAUUGGCAAUGUACCUUUGCAAUCUUAAGCUCGUCGGCAAGUCACUACCCUCGGUACUUCCCGAUCAGAUCAUGAAUGAAGUUUCUAGCAUGGUAGAUAUCAUAAAUUUUGGCAUAGAGGAUGAUGGACCGGCAGGAACAAAUGCGCCAAGUUUUGAUAGUCGACAGAGCACCGCAACGCCUCCGACUAUCCAGCAGCCACAGCCAAUGCCGUCAAAUUCUGCUCUACUCACUGCGCAAAUGACUGGUUUCCCUGGACAGCAAAAUAACUUCUCGGGUGGGUUCCAACCGCAGCCGACAGGUUUUCAGAGCUCAAUGCAAACCGGCUUUCCUGGACAGCAAGGAGGAUUGCAGUCUCAGCCAACCGGAUUCGGUCAGAAUAUGUCAAACCCUCAAGCAACGGGAUAUACUGGACCGCGCCCGCCAAUGCCUCCUAUGCCAUCAAACUUCAGUUCCAAUCUAUCUCCUGCUCAGACGGGUAUGCAAGGCGGAAUGAUUGCUCCGUUGAAUAGUCAACCUACAGGAGUCCCAGGCCAAUGGGGAUUGGUCAAUGCGCCUGCAACUGGUUUGCCUAACAUAGAUCUACUACAAUCUCGGAUGAUGCCGCAGCAAGGACGAGAACAAGGCAAUUUUACUACAGCUGGUAUAACAGGCAAUGCCGUCAUUCCAUGGGCAGUUACAAAGGAAGAGAAGACUAGGUACGAUUCCGUCUUCAAAGCUUGGGAUGGAUUUGGAAAAGGAUUCAUUGGUGGUGAUGUUGCUAUCGAGGUUUUUGGGCAGAGUGGCCUUGAAAAGCCCGACUUAGAACGCAUCUGGACCUUAUCGGAUCAUGGCAACAAGGGAAAGCUUAACAUGGAUGAAUUUGCGGUUGCUAUGCAUUUGAUCUAUCGAAAGCUUAAUGGAUAUCCUCUACCAGCUCAAUUACCUCCUGAACUUGUACCCCCCUCCACUCGUAACUUCAAUGAUUCAAUUGGAGCCGUCAAAUCGUUGCUUCAUCAAGAAUCAGAUUUCCGAAAGAAUUCUGGGGCGACACUUUUGCCCCAAAAGACUGGAGUAAGCUAUCUUAAGAGCCAUUCUUUCCGUGGGGAUUCAGGACCAGGUCGUACAGGCCGCAAAGAUGGUACUGUUUUUAAGAAUAACGAUGAUGAUGUUGGCUAUAAGUCUAGUGCUCGUCGCAGACUCGGAGCUUCUUCCCCACGACCUUCAUCUCCAGGAUCAACAACUUCUAAUGAUGAUCUUUCUCUGGAUCAACUAAAGAAGAAAGUCAGAGAGAAGCAAGUGUUGAUAGAUGCGAUUGAUUUCAAGGAUGAAAAUGCUGCGGAUGAAGAUGAUGCCCUUGAUCGUAAGGAUCGUCGUGAAGCAGAAGAUUUGUAUCGUCGCAUUCGUCGCAUUCAAGAGGAUAUUGAUGCGCACCCAGACGCUUCAUUGCGCAACGUUGAUUCCGGUGCCGAGCGUCGUGCCAUGAAGAGACAGUUACAGACAUUGACAGAUAAGCUUCCUGAUAUUGCCUCGCGUGUUCGACGAACUGAAAAAAGCAUUGCCGAUGCAAAGCUUGAACUCUUUCGUCUGAAGGAUGCAAAAGCUCACCCUGGAAGUGCUUCUAGCAUUGUUGGAACUGGUCCAGGUGGCGCCGUUACUGAAUCAGAUAGACUCAAAGCAAGAGCUAAGGCCAUGAUGCAACAACGGUCUGCUGCUCUCACUGGCAAGAAGAUUGAGAUAAGUAAUGAUGAUUUGGAUGCACCAAAACGCCUCGAAGAAGAAAAUCUUAAAAUCAGAACGGAGAAGGAAAAUAACGAGCGAAUGGUUCAAGAUGUCGAAGAAAGUGUCCGCGAUUUUUCAAGAGGUCUGGAGGAUAGUCUCAAAGAUGGUGGCGAGAGUUCAUCUAGCGAGCAUGAAAAAAGGCGCUGGGAGGAUGGGCUUGGUGUUGAAGAUGAAGUCAAAGACUUCAUCUUUGAUUUGCAGAGGAGCAGCAGAAGUGCAAAAGUUAGAACCGAUGAUCGCAGUAGGGAUGCUCCUGCUGAGACGUCUCGUGUUAGCUCCGCUCCGGCAGCUCGUAGUGAAACUCCAUCGUCGCAGCCUUCAUCUACACCAACCCCUUCUGCAGGUACAUAUUCACAAUAUAAGACACCAGAAGAUAGAGCAGCGUACAUCAAGCAACAGGCAGAGCAGCGCAUGGCUGAGCGUCUAGCUGCUCUUGGCAUUAGGGCACCUUCUAAACCUGGAGAGACAACACAACAGAGAUUGGAGCGUGAGAAGAACGAGCGUGCCGCCAAACUCAAGCAAGCUGAAGAGGAAGAUGCUAGACGUGAAGCCGAAAGGCAAGCUAGAAUUGCUGAAGAGCAGGGGGUGGCCCCACCUACACCGGAUCAACCAAAGGAAAUUACGAAAAAGCCACCUCCACCGCCUUCAAGGAAGGCUGCAAGAAGUGACGCUAGUGAACGAAAAUUCGAAGAGGAGAGGAUCCUCAAGGAGCAAAAGGCACAAAUUAUUGCCACAAAUGAGCUAGAGUAGGCGAUUCCUUCACCUGAUUAACUUUCACACUGCUAACAUCCAUAGGGACGAUGCUCAACGACAAGAAAAUGAACUUGCGAAAGAGCGCGAGGCGGCUCAAGCUCGUGUGAAGGCUUUGGAAGAACAAAUGAAGGCUGGGAAAUUGAAGAAAGAAGAGGAGAAAAAGAAGAAGAAGGCUCUACAGGCUGAGACAAAACAGCAAGAAGCUCGUCUUGCAGCUCAACGUGCAGAGAUCGAAGCUGCCCAAGCACGUGAGAGAGAAUUGCAACGUCAACUGGAAGCUAUUAAUGAUUCAGACUCAUCGGAUGAUGAUGAAGGUCCAGAGCAAGUUACCCCUCAAGCAUCAACACCAACUCAGGGAAGUCAAGAGUUUGAGCGCAGAGAAGCCUCUCCACCCCCUCCUCCUCCCUCAGUCCCAGUCAUUGUAUCGCCAGUUCCUGCUGCAGCAACAACAACCAGCCUUCCUCCACCAACCCCACAAGUUACUAGCCCUGUUGUGAGUCCCCAAGCUGAAACGGAGACCCGCAAUCCUUUCCUGAAGAAGAUGGCUCAAUCUGGUGAUGCUUCUGCCGCAUCUACUGCAUCCAACAACCCAUUCCAUCGUCUUCCUUCCCAAGAACUUCCCGCUCCUGCACCAAUUCAAGUUCAGCCAACAGGUAACAGACCAUCUCGUGUGCGUCCGGAAGAAGACGAUUGGGACGUUGUUGGAUCUGAUAAAGAAGAUGAUUCCUCUGACGAUGAAGGACCCGGUGCAGGCGGCGCGCGUCACUUGGCAUCAAUUCUUUUUGGAACCAUGGGACCUCCUCGUCCUUUGUCGGCUAUGGGCAACGAAGCUACAUCCGCACCUCAUUCCCCUGCUGCGGCAUCUCCACCAGUGGCGUCUCCACCGCCCCCACCACCCAUGCCAUCAGCUGGUGCACCAGGUGGUCCUCCUCCACCACCUCCUCCUCCGCCACCAGGAAUGGGUGCUCCACCUCCACCACCAAUGCCUCCCAUGGGAGGGGCUCCUGCGGCUCCACCUGCAGGUGGACGACCAUCUGGAUUCUUGGGUGAAAUCCAGAUGGGGAAAGCUCUGAAGAAGACACAAACUAAGGACAAGAGUGUAGCUGCUACGGCUGGGAGAGUUUUGGAUUAAGUAUUUAAUUAAGUGGGUAAGGCGAGAUGAAAUUGAGGUUGGUGGUUAGUGGGAAGGACGUGAGGGGAUAAAUUGUAUUAUACAAUACUUUGGGUUUAUAAUUUCAGGGGGACAAACAUACGGGGUGAUAGUUAGGAGAGAUGAGCAUAAUUCUUAGAUGAAGAAGUACCAAUUUGAUAAUAUCCGUUCG